CACAAAAAGUGCGGGCUUCUGAUUCUGGGCCAUGAAAUGAAAAACACGAUAAUCCGGCUGCGCAUUAUAAAUAAAACGCGCUUGCAAUGUGUUGAAUUGUGCUUGUGAGCGGUGAAAAUCACUCAAAUAUGGUUAAUUUGUGUAGCUUACUCCUGAAAUAUAACAGCUUCAGCAAAGUAGAGGACGAUAUCUUCGUGUACGUCGACCGAAUAUUAGAAAAUGCGUUUGAGAUUCAUAAAAGACAAAACGAUGCAAAAAAGGAAUUGGCGUGCCUGGAGGAAGAGUUAGCACAACAACGGAAACGUUUACCCACCUCGAAUGUGCUCGAUUUACGAUCGCCGGUAAAGAAACGCAAAGUACACUCGUUGGAUUCAUCCCUUUCGGCGUGCAAGGAGAAUGUAUCGAUGCUGGAAGAUUCUAACAUUUUUCCACACAAAUCGGACUCCGAUGUGUCGUCAAGGCUCGAGCAGAAUAUCAUAGAUUCGGAUGAGCCAUUCUUCAUGCUUACUCAAACCCCUCCCUCACCUGCCGUUGCUCCAUUGAGAGAGAUAGUUUCUCCUAGAAAUGAACCGGCCAUCAGACCGGCAACUGUACGUGCAGCAACGAAGCUUUUGUUUCACGAGAAAAUUGAAUCCCCAAAGAAUGUCAUACGCGAGAGUCGAUUUGGCAAGGAUUUUAAGGCAUUGGAAAGUUCUACCGUGUCGGCGGAGAAGCCCGUCAGCGCCACUACCACCACCGUCACGCCAAAUGGCAAAUGGACGGGAAAGAAGAGCAAGGUGAAGGUGGAUUCUCCCAACGCGGAAGUCACACCGACCGGACUUAAACGGUUCCAUUCGCUGGCGGAUAGUAACGCUCGUUUUCGUCAAGCCAAGCUUAAUUUCGUACGCCAGCCCAAGCACUCACAUGCAAACGAACCGGACCACGAGGGAGGCAAUGAUACGCUGUUCAGCGACUUUGUUGUACCAACGCCACCGUCCGUCGCUAGUAAAUCGAAAUUUUUGAAAAGCUUACGUAUGAAAAAGCAAUCUACAAUGGUUUCGAAAGGACCAAGCGAUACAGCGGUGGCCAGAGAACGCCCGGACGCUACCGCAUCAUCUACAGCUGCUGGAGAACAAUCCGCCAACCUUCCGGCUGCACCUCAGGAUGAUGAAGAUUUCGAUGACAUCAACCAAACGUAUUGUCCUGGUGUGGAAUCGAUAAAUCGAAUCGGACCGGAUGUGCCGGUAAAGAUAAAGCAAGAACCGAACUCACAGCGAGAAAAACGGCGACCGUUCACAGGUUCGACGACCAAACUAUCGGAUUGUGGUACGAGCAGGCCGGGGCAGAAGCAGAUAGAUAAUAGAGAUUCGGAAGUACUAUUUGUGCCGUCCGCUACUCUGCAAUCCAUCGUAAGUGUCGUCGAAUCACAACACGAACAUGACAAAUUUGUGUCCGGUUUGGCAGAGGAAAAUGCUAAACGCAUGAAUGAUGGCGAGGCGAGUUUAGGAAUAGAUCACGCCUGGAGCAACAAUUUGCAACGACCAUCCGGUGCAAUCAACCCGUUCAAUCGUAGCUUCGACAAGGGUAAAGAAGGUUUGUGUAAUGAUUGUAUUAAGCUGUAUAAUUUCCAUACGGCACGUGGAGUAUCGAACGAUGCAGCUCGUUCGAAAUUACCACGCCAUUGUCGUAGCUGCCGGCUGGCUCAACUUCACAGCACGCCUCCCGGGUUUUGGGAUCCCGAUUUCCUUCCUACGCCAGAGUAGCCGAUCUGACGAUUUGUGAUGGCUCUGCUGAGCGUUGGAACAGUUGCCAUUUGGAUUGCCAUACCACGCCUUACUGUAAACUAUCUUCCUUAUAAAUAUAUCCGUGGCGUUUGCAAAGAAAACAAGAAUAGGUUAAAAUUCAAAA